AUCCCUUAUAUUGAAAAUUACAUACCGGGUCCCUGUAAGUUUAUAUAUGAUUACAAUUUAAUCCUUUUUGUAAUUGCUCGUUGCAAUUCCUAAUUUUAUUGCUAUCAAGUAUUCAAGAACACGAGAUCUCUUGGAGGGAUGGAGAGCAAGGCAGCAAAAAGAGGAGAGUGUGAUUUGCAGCAAAGCAUAAUCGGUGGUGGGCUGCUAAGUAAGAGUGAGGAAAUGAGAGGAGUAAGCUUGGAAGGAGAGAAGGUGAUACUUGUGCCCUACAUGGAGGCCCAUGUCCCAAAGUAUCACCACUGGAUGCAAGACCCUUUUCUCCUCCAAGCCACCGGCUCUGAGCUCUUAUCGCUUCAAGACGAGUAUCAGAUGCAGCUCUCUUGGACCCAAGACCCCCUCAAAAGGACUUUUAUUGUACUGGAUAAGGAAUUGAUACAAGCUGGUUUUGUUCAUGGAGAUCCUCAUGUCGAAGCUAUGGUAGGUGAUGUAAAUAUAUUCAUGAAUGAUGUGGAUGAUCCUCUAGUGGCCGAGAUCGAGAUAAUGAUAGCUGAACCAAAGAGUCGUGGAAAAGGACUUGGGAAGGAAUCUGUGUUGAUGAUGAUGGCCUAUGCUGUUCGGGACCUUGGGAUCCAUGUAUUCCGUGCUAAAAUUGGAGAAUCAAAUGGAUCAUCUCUUAAUAUGUUUUGUAAUUUGGGUUUUCAGGAGACUUCUCGCAGUGAAAUCUUCAAAGAGGUGACACUGGAAUUACCAAUGACACAGCCCAAGUGUGAGGAAUUACUGAAAUUGAUUGAUAAUGUGGUUACACAUGUUUAACCACACAUGAAUAGUUUUCAAAAAUUGUCCAACUGUCAUAUUGUAUUACUACUGUGUGGAACUUUAACUAGGCAAGUGAUGUUGUGUUGACAAGUUAAGAGCUCUCAUUUUGACUAUACAAUGACAUUGAAAUUAUCAUGCAUCUCUUAAGUUUGUUUCCCUCUUUUAGGGGAAAUGUAUAUAACAAUUUAUUAACCCA